AUGGACAACUGGUCCGACCCGUCAAUCCGCCGGAAACCGGCACCGGCGCCUCCCCCGUACAGUGCUUACGACUCCGGAAGCUUAGCUCCUCCGGGACCUCCGCCGCGGCCUCUACGGCCCGUUCGGUCGGCUACCAACCUCACGGGGGCUCACGCUCCUCAGCAGUCUGGCCUCGCUGACCCAAGGGGCAAUUUACCUGUUGACUUUGUGGUCGAUGAGCUUCCCAGGCCUUCAUCGUCUUUGGGUCCUCGUCCUACCAACGAGAUUAGGAGGAUCAAGAGUUCUUCUGCACUUUCGACAAUUACUACAGACUCCUCGAAACCAAAGGAUCAGUCGAAAUGGAAGGCUGCGCUUGGAGAGGCGCAGUAUUUUGCUGGAGGACUUAUUAGUCACCCAGCUGAAUCUACCAAACACUUUACCAUCAUUCGACAUUCUCACGCCCUUGUCUGGUAUCGCGGUCCUGCGACAUCAGUACCCAUUACUAUCUUUUCGGAUGAGCCGCUUCCUCAAGGCAGGACGGUGUGGCUGCAGCAAAAAGGGUUCUCUGGAAACAUGGGCAUGACACUCAAGGCUCUGGUGGGCACCAACGGGAGCUGGAUCGAUGUUACGCCUGCGUCAAAGGCUGGUGUUGAGAAUCUGGCUGAAGCUGAGGAGCGAGGCAUUCAGAGGGACUUUAAGCGGUUCGUCAAGAAGGCGUCAGGUCGAUUGAAGAAACACAUUCCCAGGGAAACUCAUGUCAUUCGAAUACCUGCAGCUGCUACGGAUGGGUAUUUCCGGCUGGUUCUUUGUGCUGGAGAGGGUGGGAAGAAGGUUCUCUGCGGGAGCCCGGUCUUUAGGAUAGCCAGCACAUCCACCGAUGCCAGCGUUGUCCGAGGUUCGAGUUUGAGUACGAUGCCGUUGGAGAUGGGCAUCAAGGUCGCCAGUACUAUCGGACAGCAGGUGGCCAAGAAGUACACGGGCGUGGCGGGUGCAGUCGUCGAGGCUGGAUCCAAGAGGUUUACACCAAACGCGGCCAUCAAAAAGGCCGCACAUGCCGCAUAUCACACUUCUGGCAUUGGCAACGCCGUCAAUGAGAGUUGGAGGAAUGGAAAAGCUGGGCGAUACGAUCCCAUGGUAGGAGGCGCGGCGCUUACGGGUCCGUUGACCAUCAUUGGCAGCGAUGAGGGCCCUGAAGUGCCCUUUCCGUUCAAGCUUGCGGGCAAGGUGGUUCACGGUACUGGACUGUCGACUAGGGAGCUUGGGAUACCGACGGCGAAUCUCACUGAGGUGCCUGACGAGGUCAAGAUGCGCAUGGGAGGCGUGUUUGCGGCGUGGGCACGUCUCGUUCCCAAUAAGGGGAUGGAGGAUAUCGACGACGACUGGUACGCAGCUAUCGUGACGAUAGCUCCUCUAAGGAACGGGCCUCCUGGAGUCGUGCAGCGGAACAAGGUCUCAGUCCACUUCAUCCAUGACUUUGAAGAAGUAACUUUCUUCGAAAUCAGAGUCAAGGUGAUGCUAAUGGGUUUCCUCCACCCAUGGAUACCAGGCCAACAAGACGGAGAAAUCGUCGAAGAACACGGACGAGAUGUCAUGACGACCAUGGCAAGUCUCGCAAGAGAAACAUGGGGACCCGAGAUUGCGGCGUCGAGUAUUCGUGCACUAAGGAGCGAGAGGAGUUUUGGUGAUAGGCUGAAUGAGGCGACGAGUAGGGUUCAGCAUCAGAUGGAUCGGAUUCCUACGCAUUGGGUUGGGGUUAGGUCUGAGGCUGGGGCUAUGAGAGAUCAGGUUUAUGGGAAUGGAGGGAUGUGGAUUCAGAGGUGA